AUGGAACGUGAAGAAGACAAACAAUCUCCUCAAAAAAACCCUUACACUCAACUUGAACAAGUUAGCUCUGAUUUUAAUCUAGCAAUUGGCUUGCAAGAGCAAAAUGGAACAUUCACAGCAUUUGAAAGUGAAAGUGACUCAUCUUUUGAUAAUGAUGAUGAUGAUGGGGAUGCUGAUUUUUUCCUGAGCCAAGAGUUUGAAACGGACCUUCAGUUUCUUGAGAGUGAAGGAAACAAUGAUGAUGAUGAUGAUGAUGAUGAUUAUGAUGAAGAAAUGGAAGAAGAUGAUAUUGAUGUAGAUGAAUUGACUUAUGAAGAGUUGAUUGAGUUGGGAGAUUUUAUAGGAAAAGAGAAAAGGGGUUUAUCAGCAAAUGAAAUUUCUUCAUGCUUGCAUUCUUAUACUUGUCAUUCUGCUAAAAACAAAAGUGGAAUCGACCGCUGUGUAAUUUGUCAAGUUGAAUAUGAAGAAGGUGAAGACAUGGUGGCACUUCACUGUGACCACCCUUAUCAUGAAGAUUGCAUAAGCAAGUGGCUUCAAAUUAAGAAGGUUUGCCCAAUAUGUAACAUUGAAAUUUCAGUUCCCAAUAUGGUCAAUUAA